AAUUCCUCUUUCUUCUUCUUUCUUGUUCUCUUCCUCUUUUCCUUUUUUUACUCUUCCUACUUCGAAGGGCGAUGGGACUAUCUUAUUCCAUUGCGCUUUUACUUUCGUAAUAUCAACUUCCACUUGCCACCGCCCAUUCGCCUAGUUCGUCUCGGACUAUCGUCUCUCUACUCCGUCGACGGCGUCUACAUUGAUUAACCCUUCGACUGGCGCUACACACCUAUAUAUCGCAUAAUCCAACUGAGUGAGCAUCCUCCGUGCUUCUUCGCACGAAUUGUCUCUCAGGAUGUCGAACUUAGCACCACCGCUGGAUCCCAUUAUCAACGGGCUUGGGGACCGCAACCGCAAGGUCGCCUACUUCUACGAUUCCGACGUGGGAAAUUAUGCCUAUGUGUCGGGACAUCCCAUGAAGCCUCACCGUAUAAGGAUGGCCCAUAGCUUGGUCAUGAACUAUGGCCUCUACAAGAAAAUGGAAAUCUACCGUGCGAAACCCGCCUCCAAAUUUGAGAUGACGCAGUUCCACACCGACGAGUACAUCGACUUCCUUUCGAAGGUUACACCGGAUAACAUGGAUUCUUUCGCGAAGGAACAGAGCAAGUACAAUGUUGGUGACGAUUGUCCUGUGUUCGAUGGUCUCUUUGAGUUCUGCGGUAUUAGUGCUGGAGGCAGUAUGGAAGGUGCAGCUCGGCUAAAUCGCAACAAAUGUGACGUCGCUGUGAACUGGGCUGGUGGUCUUCACCACGCAAAGAAGAGCGAAGCAAGUGGUUUCUGUUAUGUGAAUGACAUCGUCCUUGGUAUUCUCGAACUUUUACGGUUCAAACAGCGCGUUCUUUACGUCGAUAUAGAUGUACACCACGGCGAUGGUGUUGAGGAAGCCUUCUACACCACAGAUCGUGUCAUGACGGUUUCGUUCCACAAGUAUGGAGAGUAUUUCCCCGGAACCGGCGAACUUCGCGAUAUUGGUGUGGGCCAGGGCAAGAACUAUGCCGUCAAUUUCCCGCUUCGCGAUGGUAUCGAUGAUAUCUCGUACAAGAGCAUAUUUGAGCCUGUUAUCAAGAGUGUUAUGGAAUGGUACCGGCCUGAAGCUGUGGUCCUUCAAUGCGGCGGUGACAGUCUCUCUGGUGACCGCCUGGGAUGCUUCAACCUGAGCAUGAGAGGUCACGCAAAUUGCGUCAACUUCGUCAAGAGCUUCAAUUUGCCGACGUUGGUCGUCGGUGGCGGCGGGUAUACUAUGCGCAAUGUCGCGCGGACGUGGGCAUUCGAAACAGGUAUUCUCUUGGGUGAAAACCUAGAACAUCAGCUCCCUUAUAAUGAUUAUUAUGAGUAUUUCGGUCCGGAUUACGAACUAGACGUACGGCCAUCGAAUAUGGAUAAUGCCAAUACGAAGGAGUACCUAGAGAAAAUUCGUGCUCAGGUGGUUGAAAAUCUUAAGCGCACAGCUUUUGCGCCAUCGGUCCAAAUGACCGAUGUGCCUCGCGACCCUCUUGUGGGGGGUAUGGACGAUGAGGCGGAUGCGAUUCUUGACGACGAAGACGAAGAUGAGAACAAAGACGUACGUGCCACCAGGCGCCGCUUCGAUCAGUACGUGGAGAAGCCCGGCGAGCUUAGCGACAGCGAGGAUGAGGAAGAAAAUGCUGCCAAUGGCAUCCGCCGUCAACCCAACAGUCUCAAGUCCAAAAACCACUUUAGCUACAAACACCUCGACGCUGGCGACUCUGGGCUCGACAGUGGGCUUGCAACUCCUCGGGACGAAUCUUCGAUUGCUGAUGAAGAGGCUGAUCUCAUGGGCGAUGCUAAGAUGACGGAAGCACCUGAAGUGGAGACAGAGGGUCCCCGUUCACCGUCUGCAGAACCUCCAUCAAGAGCCGAAGAGGCUUCUGCAUAUGAGCAAAGUGAAAUGGCUAUUGACAAGCAAGAAGAGGAAUCUGCUGCACCUGCUGCUGUACCUACUUCUGUGCCAGUUUCUCGCCAGCCGUCGCCCAAGGUCCAGGACGAGGACACGACAAUGGAAGACGCACGACCGCCCGCACCUGAACCAGAACAGCCUGUGAGCACCGUUCCAAGUGAGAAACAAGGAGAAGAAACGAAGCCAGCCGAGGAAGCAGUACCUAGUACCGAUAAUCCAGCAACCGAGACGUCGAGUCCACCAAAACCCCAAUCGCCCGCCAAGGAAGUAUUCGAACCAGAAGGAGAGAAAGCAGAACAACCAAAGGGAGCAGAGACAGCAGAGAAGACGGAGACAGCGAUGCCAACUGAAUCGAUGGAGACUACCACUGCUCCUGCUGCUACUGAGGCAGCAGAGCCAGAGAAAGUACCUGAAGCUCCCAAAGACAAGCUGACUUCUGAAAAAACUGGAGUGGAAGAUCCCAAGGCAACGGAAGAGAGCAAGGAUGCAAACAAUACGGAAGAGUCGGAAGAGGCCUCCUCGGAACUGAAGCCUGAGGAGCCUGCAAAGAACGAAGAGUAAAACUCCAGCAACACCGACUGCGGCGAAGGCGCAAUCUUCUUAUCGGUUCCUGGCGCAAUUAGGGGACAUAUGGCAAUUACGGUGUUUGGGUGAAAGAAUUGCAUUGAGUUAUGCUAUAGGGUUCAAUUUGCUAUGCUAUAAUCGCGAGAGGCCUUUUUUCUUAUUUAGCCAUUCUUAUCUCAUUUCUGGUUCUUUUUGGAACAUCUUUUGGCUUGUUUUUGCUGCGUCGUCGUCGUCGUCGUCGUUAUUGUUUUUUUUUUUUUUUUUUAAGAUUCAUUUGACGCUUGAUGCC